UCAGAUUGGGACGUUUGGACCCGGGCGUGUGCAGAUGAAGCCGCUGGGAGGAGUCCAGAGCUUCGCCCCGCCCCCGCUGGACUGAGCCCAGACUGCGUAGGAGUUUCAGGGGGGGGAAUCAAUGGAUUCAGGAAGCAGUAGGAAUUUGGAGACUACAGUGAAUAGGGUCUGUCCUGAUCAGCUUGUUCCAAAGAUAAACACAAGCAAGAAAAUGUCUACCUUAGCAAACCAACCAAGCAUCCUGGAAAUGUCACAAGAGGUUAAGAAAAGCUGUGGAGAUAAACAGGUAGAAAUCACAGUUGAAAGAAUAAAAAUGGUGAAGAGCAUCAAAGAAAAACAAAGUAAUGGUUUAGAGAAAGUGGCCUUUAAAAGGAAGGCAGAAAAUGAAGAAAAGCCAGCUGGAAAGAAAGAGGCAAAGAUAACAGAACUUGACAGCACAUUGAUCACCAUGCCUCUGCCUCACAUUCCCUUAAAAAACAUCAUGGAUGUGGAGGUGAAGUUGGUCUACAUCGAUGAAGAGGAUGUGAGCUAUGAGUUUGUAGAGUCCAUCAUGUCCACUGGGAUUCGACCAACGUGCCGAGCUGCUGAAAUAGUAGACCCUUUGCAUGUACCUAAUUUCAGCUUUCUGCCUCAGAUUGACAAAUGGCUUCAGGUAGCCUUAAAGGAUGCUAGCUCUUGCUACAGACAGAAGAAAUACGCAGUGGCAGCCGGACAGUUCAGAACAGCAUUGGAGCUUUGCAGCAAAGGGGCAGCUCUGGGAAAACCAUUUGAAGCAUCUGCUGAGGAUAUAGCAAGUGUGGCAAGUUUCAUCGAGACAAAGCUUGUUACAUGCUAUCUACGCAUGAGGAAACCCGACCUUGCCCUGAAUCAUGCACACAGGAGCAUUGUUUUAAACCCAGCUUAUUUCCGAAAUCAUCUUCGCCAGGCAACAGUGUUUAGAUGUCUGGAGAGAUAUUCAGAAGCUGCCCGGAGUGCCAUGAUUGCUGACUACACGUUCUGGCUCUGUGGAGGAAGUGAACAGUAUAUAAGCAAGCUCAUCAAACUGUAUUGGCAGGUAAAAAUUGAUGUCCCAACUAGGGAGGAGGAGUCCUUUUCUGUCUGAUUCAGUCCAAGUUCUAACAAAAUAAAAACAGACACUAUAGAGCAGUAGAAAGAAGUCAGGCCUAAGAUUCACAAGCUGUACCUUCUAUUCAUUUCCUGUUGUAUUUCAGAUCUUCAAGGACUCCACAUAUUGCCUCAGACAGUUGACUGGUCAUCUUUUCCUCCCCAACAAUAUCUCCUGACUCUUGGGUUCAAAAACAAAGAAGAUGGGAAAUUUUUGGAAAAACUAUCAAGUAGAAAGCUGCCUACAUUUACAGAACAUAAAACUCCCUUCGGUCUGCUGACCAAAGAAGACACAAUGAGACACAUGGAGACAAUGGGGAAGCGAAUCUUGCCAAUAUUGGAUUUUAUUAGAAGCACCCAACUGAAUGGGAGUUUCCACGGGUGCUCAGGUGUGAUGGAGAAGUUGCAAUACGCCAGCCUCCUCAGCCGACUGCAGAGAGUAAAGGAGCAGUCCCAGGUGAUCAAUCAAGCAAUGGCAGAGCUAGCAACCAUUCCCUAUCUACAGGACAUCAGUCAACAGGAGGCGGAAUUGCUGCAGUCACUAAUGGCAGAUGCUAUGGACACCCUUGAAGGAAGAAGAAACGAUAAAGAACGUGUGUGGAAUACAAUCCAAAAGGUUGGACGAAUUGAAGACUUCCUAUACCAAUUAGAGGACAGUUUCUUAAAAACUAAAAAACUGAGAACUGCUCGAAGGCAAAAAACAAAACUGAAGCGGCUUCAAACUGUGCAACAAAGCUAGUCACUGGGGAGCAGGCACUACCAUCAAGAGGUCCCAGAGGAAGGGGCAGUGGCGUCCCACCAGACUGACUGAGACAGUCCAGGAACAAAGGCCUAGCCAAAGGAGUGAGGGCGCACUCGCCUUGGCUCGCUUUACAAAGGGAUUCUGUGCUUCAUUCAUCUCCACUGGCAGCAAUAAAUGUUCUCGACAAGUAUGACUUGA